UGCAUUCAUUAGCGUAGCUUUUUUUUGCCAGAUCCCAUGAAGGAGUGUAGCAGCGCAGGGAAACAGUGAGAUGCUGUUUGUUCCCUCCUGGCUCCCACAGUCUAUCUCUGUGACCAUCCAAUCUGUACUUGCACCGAGAUAUCCUGCUAGCCCGAGAAGAGAUCUAACAAUCUACAAGUCACCACACAACAGGCUUGCCCUUCUUCACAGCAUGCAGCAAACAAGAGCUCAAUGCGCCAUGAGGAGGACCUCUUUGCACUGUCUGCCUUGGCUGACCAUACUGGUACUCCUGUCAAAACUGCUGUUGGCGCUCUGCUGCCCAACAGAGUGCAACUGUGACACCUCGGGAAUGCUGUGGUGCAUCAAAAGAGGACUGUCUGCCAUUCCUGAGCAUAUCCCUCCUGACACCUCCAGCAUCUAUGCGUUUGAGAACUCCAUUUCCACCUUGCACAAGGAAGAUUUUGCAGGGCUUCAGAAACUAAAGCUCCUGCACCUGUCGCACAAUAAAAUUACCAGGCUGCCCCAGGAGGUCUUCCAGUCACUAAGUGUCCUGUCCAACCUGGACCUGUCAUCCAAUCAGAUAACUGAAAUCAAUAACAAUACCUUUAUGGGGCUGCAGGAAUUGGAACGAUUGUACCUGCAACAAAACAAGAUCAAGACAAUCCACGCAGCAGCUUUUGACACAUUAACAAAGCUGGUCGAGCUCAAAUUGCAGGAUAAUCUUCUCCAUCACCUUCCUCCUCUGCAACUUCCCACACUCCUCCUAUUGGACCUCAGCAGAAAUAACAUCCCAGACACAGAGCUCAGAAGCAUCCAUGCACCUGAGAUUGAAUCUUUAAAGCUGGCUGGACUUGGCCUCAGUACGAUAGAUGAAGGCAUAUUUAAAAACAUGAAGAAUCUUCAGGAGCUAGAUCUAUCAGAAAAUCAGCUGGUGACUGUGUCAGCUAUACUCCAGCAUCUCAGUGAACUGACCUUUCUGAGUGUUCGGGGAAACAACAAGAUCUCACACUUGAAGGAUGAGGAUUUCAAGCAUAUUAGGAACCUUCAGAAACUGGACAUCAGUGGUUUGAGCCUUAGGACCAUUCCGGAGGGUUUUUUGGAACUUUUCUCCAACUUAAAAAGCCUCACAGCAGCUGAAAACCCCUAUAACUGUGUCUGCCAGAUCAGCUGGUUUGUUCAAUGGAUGCAGGAGAACAAUGCCCUCCUCCAGAGGCAGGAGGAAACACGUUGCCAUUUCCCUCUGGUCAACUCUGGUAAACCACUCAACACACUGACACAUGGUGACUUUGGAUGUCCUACUACCAUCCCGUCCAUCAGCGCAACAAGCACCACAGAAUUGUCACCAACCACAGCCAAGGAACUAACACUGGGUCACAAAGCAACACACCUUCCAGGACAAUCAAUGUCCUUCAAUGGCAGAGUUACUCUUGGAGCCAUCACCAAAACAGAUCAACAACUCAGCGCAAAGGGACAUCUCUGCCUCUCUACAGAAUGCCUCAAUGGAGGCAUUUGCCAGCUAGAUAAGUAUGGGCACCACAGUUGCACGUGCCUUGCUGGCUUCUACGGACCACUCUGUGAGGCAGCGAAUGGUAUUCUUGAUCUCCAGACUUCUCAGAAAAGCCUUUUAAACAUUAGUCAAAUAACCAGCACUUCAGUAACGUUAAAUCUAGAAGGUUUUAGGCUCUCCCCAGUUUACUAUAAGGGGCUGCGGGUGACAUAUAAGAACUGGUCAGGCCUGGACCCCAGGCCAGUGUCACUUAACAUCCCAAUAUCACUGUCAACAUACAAGAUUCCAAGACUGUGGCCCAACUCAACAUAUCAGAUCUGUGUUGGAGCUCUGGGGGAGGCCAGCACUAAAGAACAGCCUUGCACAUUCGUGCAGACACUGCCAAUAACACAGUUAGCUCAGUUCAAACAGGCAGAGGGUAGCAACUUAACCAGAGUAAUCUGGCUAGUAACCACAGGCAUGAUCCUGAUCUUACUGCUGGCAGUUGUGAUCACACUCUACUGCCGGAAAAGACUUAAGAAAAACUCUGCUCAAGUAGGAGAAUCACAUCCUUAUGAUGUAGAAGAGAUCAAACCUUACCUAGAGGAGGGAAAGAUCUUGUCUGACACUCCUGAAUGCCUUGCUCUGCAAAGCGAAGUGCCAUUAAUCAGAGAUCACCAAGGUAACAUUCCUAUAGCUUUGUGACAUUCCUAUAGCUUUGUGACCUUUCAUUCCCAGGGAUUAACAUGGAUUUCCAAAGCCUGAUUACAGCCACAGAACUUCACUGCUUCAAAUCAACAAACCCUUUUUUUUUAAAGCCAAGAGUGGAAUUGCACUUGGUAUUACUGAGGCUAUCCCAUUUCGAUCUCUCUCAAGCAACCCAGUAUAUAUGAAGCCUAAUCAAUCUUGUUCAAGAUUUCUUUACUCCAUUCUGUAAACUUCAGUCUGGCUGAACUCAUCAAAUCCAGUGGUCCCAUACAACCCCUGUGAAACCACAACCAAAGGAAGAGAUAAAACCUUCCAAAGCAAAGCAUCGCUGUAAAUAUCACUAGUGCCACCUUCGCUAUUCAGACAGCUAUCCACGCGCAUCAAUAUAUGACUUGCAUGGCCAAACUGUGAGUGGCUUCAGUACAUGGAGUUCAUGAAUAAUGGUCCAAUGUCAGUCACACCUCACAAUAACCAUCGCCAUUCCCCAACAGCGCAAGGGAACAGACCAGUGAUUGUCUCACAUGCACUCACCACCACAUGGCCCACCAUUAACUGCUGUAUAUUGCUGAGCCAAAUCUAACUGAGUCAAGCACAUGAUGUAAAUGACAAUUUGUAAGCAAAUAAAUAUUUUUCUAGCGAAGUGA